AUGACCUCGACAUCAUCUCCAUUGGAAAUUUUAAAAGAAGAAGAGGACCCAUCUGAUUCCGAAGUAAAAAGUGAAAAUCUUCAGUCAAAAAAAGAAAUCACACCAAAGACAAAUAUGUCAUUUCUUGGAAAUAUAAAUGAGUUUGCCCCUGGUGAGGAUUUUGUGGCGUACAAGGACAGAGUGCAGCAAUAUUUUAUUGCUAAUAAAAUUGCAGCCGAAAUACAGACUCCAGUGUUCAUUACUUUGGUCGGUUCAGAAGUGUAUAAAGUGCUUAAAUCUCUGGCCGCACCAGCAUUACCAAGCUCCAAACCAUUCACCGAAUUGAUAGGUUUACUAGAGCAGCACUAUGCUCCCAAGCAUAACAAGAGAGCCGAACGAUUCAAGUUCCAAAAAGCGAAGCAGGAGGACGGUGAGUCAAUUUCCGACUUCAUCAUAAAGCUCAGAAAUCUAGCUGAGACAUGCAGGUUUGGAGACUUUAUUGACGACUCAGUGUCAAAUACAGCCAGCUUGCGAAAUCUGGCAUUAGAAGAUGCUCUAGUGGACAAAUUUAUCGUGGGGCUAAGGAACGAUCGUAUUCAGCAGAACAUCUUAACAGAUGACAGCCGCACGUUUGAUAAAUGCUGUGAAAUUGCGUUAAACAUGGAGAUGUCUGAGAGAGAGCAACGAUCAAUGCAUCCACGUGGCAGCGAAGUUCAUGUCAUAAGGGAAAAAAACAAGGCUGUCACAACUCAAGUUAAAACAAAACAAAAUAACAUGAGAAGCAAUCUUAACAAUAAAUGUUCGCAUUGUGGAAAAAAUCAUUUUGAACGAGACUGUCCAGCAAAAAAUUGGAGUUGCUUUAAGUGUAAUAGAAGAGGGCACACUGCAAACAUGUGCUGGGUUGGUGGCAAGCGUGAUGGUGGAGGAGCUGGUGGCAGUAGCAGUAGCAGAAAAGAUGGUGGUGGAGCUAAGCGGAGCGUAAGAUCUAUUCAGGUCAUCAACAGUGUUAAAGCAUCAGAAAAAGGGCUCAAGGUGGAAGUCAAACUGUGUGGAGUGUCAUUUCAAAUGGAGGUUGAUACGGGAGCAGCUAUGUCUGUUAUAUCUUUUAUUGAACUUAGAGAUAAGUUACCAUAUAUUUCUAUUCUUUCUAGUGAUAUAAAAAUUUGUACCAUUUCAGAAUUUGAGGUUAAAGUUGUGGGCAAGGUGGAGCUGGACGUGGAGUUUCAAGGGACUACUGGAAAAUUGGAGAUCGUGGUAGUAAAUAGCCCAGCUUUCACACCACUUUUUGGUAGAACGUGGUUGGAUAAAUUUAUUCCGAGUUGGAGGCAAAAACUUUUGUGUAAAAGUGAGUUAAUUAAUUAUAUAGAAAACAAAAAAAAUGAAAGUAGUACAUGCGAUGAGCUUUUAUCGGAAAUUAGAGAAAAAUGUCCAUGUGUCGUUUCGAGUGAUCCUAAUCAGAUGAUAGUGGGCUAUGAAGCCGAAAUAAAUAUAGAGCCAGAUGCUGUCCCCAUCUUUUGUAAAGCGUAUAUGGUUCCAUUUAGGUUACGUGAAGCUGUUAAGGUCGAGUUAAAUAGACUUAUUUCUAUAGGCACUCUUGAACCUGUCAACCACAGUAGGUGGGCAUCACCAAUAGUGUGUGUUCCAAAACAGAAUGGUGAGAUUAGGUUGUGCAUUGACUGUAAAGUAACAGUCAACAAAUACAUUCUUUUAUCGCAUUAUCCGUUAAAUAAUGUUGAAGAUAUUUUCGCAAAUUUGCCAAACUGUUCAGUUUAUUGCGUAUUGGAUAUGGCUGGCGCCUUCCAACAGCUUGUGUUAACUCCAGAGUCGCGAGAACUUUUGACUAUAAACACUGAUCAGGGUCUUUUACAAUACACUAGGCUGCCGUUCGGUGUGUCAUGUGCUCCUUCAAUAUUUCAAUCGGUGAUUGAUAGAAUUUUAGAUGGCAUUCAAGGUGUAUGGGCGUUUAUUGAUGAUGUCGUCAUUGGAGCAGAGUCUGUUGAAAAGUGUAAAGAGAAACUAUUCAAGGUUCUUAAAAGGUUAAAUGAUCACAAAGUCAGAAUAAAUUUAGCUAAAUGCGUAUUUCUAAAACCUACAGUAGAGUAUUUAGGUCAUAUUAUUGGGAAAAAUGAAGUGCGACCAAAUCCCAAAAAGGUAGAAGCUAUUACAAAAGCUCCUUGUCCUACAAAUGUUAAAGAGCUUCAAUCAUAUUUAGGGCUUUUAAAUUUCUAUCGAAGGUUUAUACCUGAUUUGUCAGGAAAGUUAAGGAGUAUGUACAAUUUGCUACAAAAAAAUACAAAAUUUGUGUGGAAUAAAAGUUGUCAGGAAGAGUUUAAUAGAUCAAAGGAACUUAUCGUAAAAAAUAAUGUUCUAGAACUAUACGACAAGGAUAAACCAAUUAUAAUUAGUACAGAUGCAAGUCCAUAUGGCGUUGCAGCAGUACUUUUGCAUGUCGUUGAGGGUGUAGAAAAACCGGUGUUAUUUGCAAGUAGUACUCUAAGCGAUUCUGAAAAGAAUUACUCACAGUUACAUCGAGAGGCUUUGGCAGUUAUGUUUGCGGUGAAGAAGUUUUUUAAGUAUAUUUAUGGCAAACACUUUGUAAUCUAUACCGACAACCAAGCCUUAAAGGAGAUAUUUAAUCCAAAGAAAGGCACUCCUUCGGUCGCUGUGGCAAGAUUACAAAGAUGGGCAAUAACGCUUUCAACUUUUGAUUAUUCAAUCAAACAUAAACCUGCUAGAGAACUAGCAUUUGUUGAUGCCUUGUCACGUCUUCCUAUUCCAGGUACCACGGAUGUUGAAACAAUUUGCAUUAAUUCAAUAAAUUUUUUUGAAGAACUUCCUGUGGAUAAAGAGUUAAUUCGAGCUGAGACGAAAAAAGAUGUAGAACUUUCUCAAAUAUAUGAAUUUAUAAGAACCGGGUGGCCAAAGCAGGACAAGAAUUGUCAUUCCAUCAAAAUUAAGAAUGCAGGUGCUUAA